AAGGAAGGAAGGAGUGCGCAGACGACCCUGGCCCAGGUGGUCGUCAGACGUGACAGAGUCCAACAUUCAUAUUUCUUCAACGUUACCACCCACAAACUUCUAACAUGGCGAUGGAUAACAGAAGUGGAAGUAUAUUUGGCCUCGUCAAUCCGUCGUACGGCGCCUCGGACCCCGGGAUGAACGUCCCAUUAACAUCAAAUCCGGGACUGUCUCAGCUGUCACCAUAUUUAAAUUUCGACCCUGCCUACCUACAAACAACUCAACCAGAAUUUAUUGCAUUAGAAGGGGCUUCACAGAAGCGGGGACGUUUUGAACUUGCCUUCUCACAGAUUGGAGGAUCAUGCUUGCUUGGAGCUGGUCUUGGCGGAGCACAAGGGCUGUAUGGGGGCAUCCAGGAGACAGCGUUGGCAGGUCACACAGGCAAAAUCAGACGCACACAGUUGCUAAAUUAUCUGAUGAAGCGUGGGUCUGCCUCUGCUAAUACUCUUGGAGUUAUUGCAUUUAUGUACUCUGGCUUGGGAUGCCUCUUGUACUAUGCCCGUGGCAGCCAUGAGGAUGAAAUAAACACUGUGGGGGCUGCAACCAUGACAGGACUCCUCUAUAAAUCAACUGCUGGCAUGAGAAAGUGUGCUAUGGGAGGACUAAUUGGACUAGGCAUAUCUGCUGCAUACAUUGCCUUUUCAUCACGGGACAAACUGAAGGAUCAGUAUACACAUAGAUUUUAAUAGGUAAUGCUUUAGUUUCCAGCCGAAUGUGAAAAUUUGUGCUUUGACUUUAAAUGAAUCGGUAUCAGUAAGGAAUGACUGAAACCAAACAUGAAAAUAUUGUAAAUGUAAAGUAAAAAAUUAUCAACAAAUGUUAUCUUUCCCAUAAUGUGUAUCUUGCAUGAAAUAUAACAGUAACAUCAUCAUAAUUAUAUUUGUCUUUUAUUUUGAGGUAUAUUUGAGGCUGAUCUUCACUUUAUUUUUUGCCUUGUGUAGCAAAGCACGCUACUUAAAAUAGGACAGAAGAAAAAUAAUUUCCUCAUUUAUCGAAAGGAAGUUUAUUUUUAAACGAGGUUUUCUCUAUUAAAGUUGGUGAAGCAUACACUUUAAAGAUGGAUACUUUCUCAAAGAAAGGUUUCCUACUCGUAAAUAAUGUGAAGGGUUUAACGCAAGAACAUUUACCAUUAGGUCUAUCAGUCAUGUAGUGAACAUCUUUUGGCAAUGUGUGUAGUGCAACUCGGGUGACAACAGAUCAAAAUUGCUGUGAAGAUGCAGAGUAAAUUUGCUUGUUUUGGUCUUCAGAUAACCAUGGAUAAUCUUUUAUGGACUAAACUUCAAAAAAGUAUUAUGUAUUUAGGAAUUUUGGAGAAUUAUUGAAUGCUAUUUUCUUGAAUUAUGUAUUAUUUCUGUAAAUAAUGACAAGAACUUUUUAUAUACAAAUAAUGUAAUAAAAAAAUAGUAAAACA